ACUCACGUUGUUGAUCCCAAAGACCAAAGAGUUUGUUUUUCUUAAAUCGUUUUCAAUCGUUCUACUUACUGAAUACACGUUUUAAUUAUAGCACUAGCAGACAAUCAUGAUAAAAACAUACAAUAUUUUGUAUCUUCUAGCAGAGAUAUUAUUACUCAUUUUGAAAAUUGUGUAUUACAUUUGCGAGGAUAUAUACAAAUUGAUUGUUCCAACAAAAAUGAAAAGUGUAGUUGGUGAAAUUGUUUUAAUAACAGGUGCAGGUCAUGGUAUCGGAAAAGAAUUAGCGAUUGGUUAUGCUUUAUUAGGAGCAACAGUAGUAUGUUGGGAUAUCAAUGAAGUAACCAAUAAUCAGACCAUGGACGAUAUUAAAAGAAUGGGAAGAAAUUCUGUAUAUGCAUAUAAAUGUAAUGUAACAGAUAGAGAAGAAGUUUUUAGAAUAGCCGAGAAAGUAAAAAAAGAAGUAGGUGAUGUUACCAUCUUGGUCAACAAUGCUGGCAUAGUGUUUGUUAAAUCAUUCUUGAAUCAGAGCGUCGAUGAAAUUGCACGAGUCAUAGAUGUCAAUGUAACAGCGCAUUAUUGGACGUUGAAAGCAUUUUUACCAAGUAUGAUCAAAAAGAAUCACGGCCAUAUUGUGGCACUUUCAUCAAUGGUAGGACUUUUGUGCGGUCCUUAUAGUACAGUUUACAGUCCUUCAAAGUUUGCAGUCAAAGCAAUUAUGGAAGCUAUAUCUGAAGAAUUACGUAUACUCAGUAAUGGAAAGUCCUCUGUUAAAUUCACUACUGUUUAUCCGAACUUCGUGGAUACCGGACUGGCUAAACCAAAAAUUAGAUUUUCAUUAAUGAAGCCACUUUUACCUCAAAAAGCAGCAGCUUUAAUAAUUGAUGCCCAAAGACGAAAUCAUGAAAACAAAAGCAUACCUUCGUAUAUUUUACCCGUUUCUAAAAUCUUAAGACAUUUACCUGACAAAGCAUUAAAGUGCGUAUUGGACUUUAUCGAUGUAAGUGCUUAUCCAGAACAUUAAAAAAUAUUUACAAAGUUUAUAAAUUAUAUAAUAACAUUUAUUAUUGCAAUAAAAAAUCCAUCAUUAUGCAUUACAUAAGUGCACAAAAACUGAA